GAUGAUCAGACUGAUAUGAUUGAAUUUAAUGAAAAAAGUCACAAUUAUGGUGAACCUAAUCAUGAAGAUUUAAGUGAAGAUGAAGAAAAUGAAACAACUACAAAUGUACAGUCCAGUCCGGUUAAUUAUUGGAACAGUCCAAUGGCCAACGAAAAAUUGGACUCUCUGCAGCACAUUGGACCAAAACUGGACUUAGUCAAGUGGUCCAGUCCAGCCAAUCCAAUGAAUAUAAAAACUGGACUUAAUCAAGUUGCCAACACUGUUCGUGCUGAAUCACACAAAAUGUCACAAGAUUAUAAUGCCAGUGGACAAUUUCUUGAGGAAACCUCGAGUAUUGAAUAUAGUAUAAACAUAAUUCAAAAGAAUAUUGAGCGUAUUCAAAUGUUGCAAACACAUAUUCUAGUGAGUACUUCAAUACAGCAGGAGGAUAGUAGCAAUAAAGAGCGUGAAGAGCUUAUAUUAAAUACCAAAAAUAUACUUUUUGAAAUUAAGAAUCGUAUCAAAAAAAUUGAAUAUGAAAAUGUUAAAUUACCAAAAAAUGAUCCAAAUGUCAGUCUUAGGAAACAAAGAUAUGAAUAUCUCAAAGAGAAAUUCACCAAUGUACUUGAAGAAUAUCGUGGUGUUGAAGAUAUUUACAUGAGACAACAGAAAGAAAGGACAGCGCGUCAAUAUAGAGUUGUAAAUCCGGAAGCAACUCAAAGUGAAAUUGACAAUUAUUUGAGUGAUCCAUCAAGUCAACCCCUUUUUCAACAAGCUUUGAUUCAUACAGGCGAAGCUCAUGCAGCAUUUGCCGAAGUUCAAAAACGUCAUAAUGAUAUAAAACAGAUUGAAAAAACAAUCGAGGAAUUAGCAAAUUUAUUUCGUGAAAUGCACUUACAAGUUGAAGAACAAGAUUCUGUACUUGUAAGUGUUGAAGAAUCUGUUGAAGAAACCUUGAUUAACACUAAACAAAGUGAAGGUUUUAUUGAAAAGGCAAAUGAGAGUGCAGUUCAAGCAAGAAAAAAGAAGUGGAUUUGCUUAGGAAUUACAUUUGUUCUUCUUGUUAUUAUGAUAAUAGUUAUAAUAAUACAAUUUGGUCCUAAAGAAGCUAUAAAGUCAUCUCCAACUCAUGUCGCUGCUGUAGCAGAAACUUCUUCUGCAUUACUUGGAUUAACACCAGCUCCUUCAAACACUUAG